AUGGACACGUCGUCAACCCUCGCGACGAGCGCCACCCCGACAAUUCCCGCCGAACAGCUUGCCGCACUUACAUCGCUGCUGUCGGGACUCACCGCUGCCGCUUCCGGCACUACCGCACCCGCCACGACAUCCGGCUCCAAUCGCAAUGCCUUCCCGAAGCAUGCGCGGUUGGACGGGCCGAAGACGUUCGCGAACUGGACACGCCAGCUUCGCCUGUGCCUAGCGGACGACAUCCGCUCCUACGUCCUCGACGGAAUCACCCCCGACGAUUGGACGCCUUCGCAACGCUCCGCCCGCGACGUCGUGGCACGCGAGAUCCUUGCAAACUCAAUCGACUCGGCCGAAGUCUCGGCAGUCCUCGACAAGAUCCCUACGGCCGACCUCACAGCGCCCAAGAUUUACUCGACGCUGAAAUCGCGAUACGCCCCUGAUGACGCCACUCGCACGCUCGAGCUCUUCUCGCGACUCUGGGGCUUCCGACCCAUGCCCGGAACGGUUGGCGAAUUUGACAGUUGGAUCAUGGACUUCAAGUCGGUCGCGCAAGAGAUCAUCGAUACGAAAACGACGAUCAACGACGUCCUUGCCACACUCCUCCUCGCGAUCGCCCACCCGUCACUCGAGAGCUUCAAGGCAACGUUCACCGACGAACAACGCACGCAACGAACUCUCCCUGACAUCGAUUCAGUGGCCGACCGUAUGCGAGUUCAACUCCGGUCAACGAACCUCUCCAACGAUCAAUCGGCCCUCCUUGCCUCGUCGUCGCCACGUUCUACCCGUACCAAGUGCCUCGCCUGUCGCAGCUCUUCUCACCGCGUCGCACAAUGCCCUACAAGGGCCCAGCAUCCACCGCCAGGCCCGUGUCGCUCCUGCAAGAAGAAGGACCACUGGUCUUUCGACUGCAAAAAGGCUCUUGAGGACGGGAAAACGCCCGACACCUCUGAUGCGCAACACCAUGUCGGAUGUCUCGCCACCGGUCUUCUCGCACAUCGUCGUCAGCUUCGCAACAACUCCUUCGUCGUCGACUCGGGUGCCACUUCGCACAUGGUCUCGGACAAGUCGCUGUUCACGGCCUAUCGCCACAUCGCUCCUACGAAGAUUGGUGGUAUUGCAGGGGGCAUCAACGCCGUCGGAACGGGAAACAUCGCCUUUGUUGCCGCCUCCGGUCACCCGAUCACGCUUACCGGCGUGCUGCACACCCCGGGCCUGUCUGUCAACCUCCUCUCGGUCUCUCGACUUUGCGACACCGACGAUGUCCGUGUCGCCUUCACGAAGCACGGCAUCCAUAUCGACAAGAACGGCAAUGCUAUCGCUGAAGGCGCAAGACUCGAGGAAGGGCUCUACUUGCUGGACGCUGAUCAUUCCAAAUGUCAGCAUCUCGCUCUCCUCUCUCGCUCACAGUCUUCCGUGCCCCUGCUGACCCUUCACCGCUGCCUCGGCCAUCUCGCACCGUCGUCCAUACAGAAGAUGGUUGCCGCUGGUUUGCUGGAAGGUCUCGGGGCCGGAUAUAGUGACGAAGAGGUAGAGAAGUUUGUCUGCAAUGCUUGCCUCAGUGCAAAGGGCCAUCGUCUUCCUUUUCCCGAUUCGGACUCGCACUCCUCAGAGAGACUCGGCCUCGUACACAGCGAUGUGCUUUCCUUUCCCGAGUCGUCCUUGACUGGCAAGCGUUACCUGGUCACGUUUCUUGACGACUUCUCGCGCAAACUGUGGGCAUACGCGAUCGGACACAAAAGCGAAGUCUUUGGCGUGUUCAAGACAUGGCUUGCCGAGGUCGAACUCGAGACGGGUGCAAAACUGAAGGUCCUCCGAACCGACAAUGGUGGCGAAUACUGUUCGAGAGCGUUCACGGAAUUCUGUAAGGCACGCGGCACACGUCGACAAUACUCUAUCCCUCGAACGCCUCAACAGAACGGUCGUGCCGAACGAGUCAAUCGUUCUAUCGUCGAAGGUGUCCUUGCCCUCCUUGCAGACGCCCACUUACCCAAAUCAUUCUGGGAGGAGGCAGCAGCUUAUUUCGUCUACUGCAAGAACCUGUGCGAACACUCGGCCCUGGACAAGGCAACACCGAACUUCGCCUGGCAGGGCGACCGCACCAACGCCUCGGCGCUUCACCCGUUCGGCUGCACGGCUUGGCUCACAGUCGCGCCUGAACUUCGCUCGAAACUCGACCCGAAAGCGGUUCGCGUUCUCUUCACCGGCUAUGACCUGGCUUCUAAAGCCUUCCGUUUCUACGACACGACGACCAAGAAGAUCAGUUUGGGCAGAAAUGCCAGGUUCCUCGACAACGAAUUUCCCGGGUUACGUAGCGACUCCACCGAGCAAGACGCCGACACGCACUUCGCCAGCGCUUGCCCGACCACCGAAUCCCAAGCCGUUGUCAAGACAUGGACCCCACUAGUAAGGUCGGCGCACAUGGACGUCUCAUCCUCUCUUGAUGACUCUGCCAUGAGCGCCGUUGACGUGGCCCCAGGGUACACUGGCGGAACCUUACUUAAUUCCACAGAUGCCGAAUCGUCCUCGUCACCGUCUCCUGAGCCGUCCUCGUCACCGUCGCCCGCAACCCCCUUGUCACCGUCGCCUGCGCUGUCACCGUCGUUGGCUGCGUCAUCGUCACCCUCGGCCUUACCGACCGACUCUGACUACUCCGCCGACCCUCUGGACCUCAUCGGCUCACAGACCCCGACUCGCCUCGGCCCACCGGACGUGCACCGCCCAGACUUCAGCACGUACCGUGAGCCCGCAUCGGCUGAGGAGUCGCCCGACGAACUCGACAUCAUUGGGCGCCACUCGCGCGAUGAAUCGCCGGACGAAAUCGAUUUCCUCACCCAACACCACCGCGCCUUCAUCGCCACCGACGACGACAACUCUGACACAGAAGCCAUUCAACCAGUCAAGUCCAUCACCAGCGACCCACAGACAUGGCGCGAGGCAAUGUCGAGUGACAAGCGCGAAGUGUGGGCCAAGGCCGCUACCGACGAGUUCAAUUCCAUGCGCGACGACUUCAAGGUCUUCACCAUCGAGGACCGAUCCACGGUACCAGCGGGUGCGACCAUCGUCACAUCCAAGUUCGUCUGGAAAACGAAACGGAAUGCACUCGGCGAAGUCACCGGCCACAAGGCACGGCUCGUGGCGCAGGGAAAUCGGCAACGCGACGGCAUCGACUUCAACGAAACCUUCGCACCAGUCGCACGCUUCUCCUCGAUACGCUCACUCCUCGCGCUGGCGGCCGCCAACGGCUUGCACGUGCACCAGGCGGACAUCGACAAAGCCUAUCUGCAUGGCGACCUUGACCAUGACAUCUGGAUGACGACACCGCGCGGCUUCGACCUUCCCACCGACAAGGUGCUUCGUCUGCGACGCUCCAUCUACGGACUCAAACAGGCUGGCCGAAUCUGGAAUCGACACAUCGACGCAUCGCUUCGAGAUCUCGGCUAUACGGCGACGGGCACCGACCACUGCGUGUACUCUCGGAUCGACGAUCGGCGACGCCCACACUACAUCGCGCUGUACGUCGACGACCUCCUGAUGAUCAGCCCCGACUUGGCCGAAAUUGAACGUGUCAUCUCGGGCCUCGAACAACGCUACGGCGUCAAGCGCCUCGGCCCGGCAGAGUACAUCCUCGGCAUCCAGAUCAGGCGACUCGAAGACGGUUCUAUUGCCCUGUCCCAGGAACGGUACAUCAUGGACGUGCUUGCUCGGUUCCACUUCGACACCACGACUCGCGGCACUACAGUCCCGAUGACCCCCGGCCUUUCGCUCACCGCCAUCCCGGGUCAAGGCACCGAACGGAUCAGGUCAUGGUAUCUGCAGGCUAUCGGCUCGCUCCUCUACAUUUCGCUCGGCACCCGCCCCGACAUCGCCUUCGCCGUGUCCUACCUGGCCCGCUUCGCCAACAACCCUGGACGUCGUCACUGGAUCGCGGUCAAGCACAUCCUCCGCUAUCUCCGGGCCACAUAUCGCGACGAACUGGUUUAUGCUUGCGGCGAGACACGCAUCACGGGCGUGGUUGGCUACUCCGACGCGAACUGGGGGGCCUGCGUCGAUACGUCGGUGUCCACUAUGGGCUACGUCUUCUACAUUGCCGGAUCCGCCGUGUCUUGGUCGUCCAAGCGUCAAUCUCGAGUUGCCGAUUCUACCACCGACGCUGAAUACCUCGCCCUCUCGCAUGCUGGCAAGGAAGGGAUCUACCUCAGUCAGCUGCUCGAGGAGCUCCAUGUCCAACCUGUUGCACCGGCUCACAUUUUUACUGACAAUGAAGCCGCUGCCGCAGUUGCCCACGACCCUGUCCGCGUCUCCGGCACUCGACACAUACGCUUGCGCGAGCACUUUGUUCGGGACAUGGUGAAUCGGGGCGAUAUCUCACUCUCGCAUGUGGGAACCAGCAACAUGGUGGCCGACAUCUUCACAAAGGCUCUUGGCCCAAAGAUUUUCUCGACACACUGCUACGCACUAGGCCUUCGCACUCGACACCCACGGCUUGGAUCUGCCUCGCAUUCGCGUGGGGGGGGGUGUGAAGAGUCCACUCUCAGCUCGACAGGGGCGCCUCGGUCGUUGCGCGCGCCUGCUAGCCUGGCCCCUGUGGUGGGGACUUAG